UCAUUUCACUUCCAAACAUCUUUCACGCAUUUUCAUUCUGCGCGGAUUUUUCUUUUUCCCUUUUCUAUGAUCACAUCCUUCUUCUUUUGGAUCUGCGAUUACGACUCCUUCUACCUUCUUCUUUCGCUCUCCAACACCUGAUUCUUGCACAAAUAUGGAAAUAAUAAUGUCGCUCUUCCAUCUCUGCAACUCCGAUUCUUGAUAUCCUCUUUGUUCUGUGUUUCUCUUUUAUUUUUUGCUAUUUCUGGCUUGAAUCAUUCAAUUGUUUGCUGAAAGCAAGAGUAGUCAUAAGAGGUUCAAAUGGCGAAAGAGAAAAUCCAGAUCAGGAAGAUCGAUAACGCGACGGCGAGGCAGGUCACUUUCUCCAAGCGUCGGAGGGGACUUUUCAAGAAAGCCAAAGAGCUUUCCGUUUUAUGCGAUGCCGAUGUGGCCCUCAUUAUCUUCUCUGCCACCGGAAAGCUGUUCGAGUACUCCAGCUCAAGCAUGAAGGGAAUCAUAGAAAGACAUAAUUUGCACUCUAAGAACCUUCAGAAAUUGGAACAACCAUCCCUUGAAUUACAGCUGGUAGAAAACAGCAAUUACACCCGAUUAAACAAGGAAAUUGCUGAAAAAACUCAUCAACUAAGGCAGAUGAGGGGUGAGGAACUUCAAACAUUGAAUAUAGAGGAAUUGCAGCAGUUGGAGAAGUCACUGGAGUCUGGAUUGAGCCGUGUGAUGGAGAAAAAGGGUGAACGGAUCAUGAAAGAGAUCACUGACCUUCAAAGAAAGUCGGCCGAGCUGAUGGAUGAGAAUAAGCGAUUGAAACAACAAGCGGAGAAAAUGAAUGGCGUAAGGCACCUGGGCGUAGAGCCCGAGAUUUUGGUCGUGGAGGAUGGCCAGUCGUCGAAUUCCGUCACUGAAGUUUGUGUUUCCAACUCCAAUGGCCCGCCUCAAGAUCUGGAAAGCUCAGACACAUCUCUUAAAUUAGGGCUGCCGUAUUCCGGAUGAUGGUGACGAUCGAUGAUCGAACAAGAAGAUGAACAGGUACUGUAGCUAGCAAAAAUGGUAGUGUGUAAAAGUAAUUAUACUCUAAAAUUCGGGUUAAGUUUGGUAAUUGAAAUCUAAAUCUAACCCAUGUCAUCUUCAUUAUCCAAUUCACAUGACUCCCAUUGAAAUCUGAAAACAGGGUUGCAUUCAAAGAAUUCAAUGCACCGUUUUAAUGAAUCAAAUUAGAAUGCAAGUGGGCUUUUGAUAAAGCCUUGGCCACUCCUA